GAGGCCUCAAUCCGCUGAAAUCGGGUCGACGUCGCAAAGCCGGAGAACCUCGCGGUAAACAACUGGCGUCGUUUCAAGUUCAAGCUGGGACACGUCACAUAACAUACUCCAGCUCCAGCGACCUCCUAGGCGAAUAAGGAUGACUUCCAAAGGCUCGAAAUCCGACGACAAGCCCGUGAAAAUUAACAAAUGGGACGGAUCCGCUGUGAAAAACGCCCUGGACGAUGCUGUCGCAGAGGUGUUGACAAAAAAGUAUAAUUAUACGGAAACAUUUGAGCUUAUCGAUGGUCGUCUACUGCUCUGUGGCUUGGCUGUUACAGUCGCUUCAUUUGCUCUUAUCUUUGAUUGGCUAUAUCCAUUUCCCCAAUCAAGGACAAUUUUGAUAUGUUGUGUAAGUCUUUACUUCGUUUUCAUGGGCCUCUUGACCCUGUAUACAACAUACAAGGAGAAGGGCAUCUUUGUAGUCGCGGUGCAGAAGGACCCAGCCGGUUUCGUACCGGACAAUGUUUGGGAAGCGAGUUCAGCAUUGAAGAAGUAUGAUGAUAAAUACAAUUUGACAUUGACAAUCAAAGAUGGCAAAUCGGGAACCUCAAGGUCUUCGACCGUCGUUCGUUCAGUGGCUAGAUUUAUUGAUGAAAACGGUGUGGUCCUUCAGGAUUUGGUUGAGCCAGAAGUCUACAAACUCCACAACAGCUUGCUUCUUGAGAGAAAAGACAGAUAGAUUUGUGCAAUUAAGUUUUAAAGAUUAAAAUUAAAAAAAAAAAAAAUCAGACUUAAUUUA